AUGAAAGCUGAGCGCGCUUCCGCUUCCAUUGUCGAAACUCCUCGUAACUGCAUUACUGACACCGAGCUAGUGAGGUUUGUCAGUAUGUUGGUGGGAUUCCUCCUCGUGCUGGUCUUCUCUUGCGGGCCGCUGGGCAGCCAAGGAUUGCGGCCAUUGUUCGACGGGAUGACGGCGGCGGACUUGGAGCAGUUGUACGAGGAGAUGGCGCAGGAGGAGAUGACGCAUUCGUUGGUGACGAGGACGGAAGACGGUGAAGUGGUGGCGACGCCGCCGUACGUGGCGACGUCGCCGUACGUGGCGAGGCCAGUGAAGCAGCCGGACGUGGCGGCGAAGCAGCCGGACGUGGCGACGAAGCAGCCGGACGUGGCGACGAAGCAGCCGGACGUGGCGACGAAGCAGUUGGACGUGGUGACGAAGCAGUCGGACGUGGCGACGAAGUAG